GGGGGCAGAGGCUACUACAUGGAUUUACCAAUGUUUACUUCCGGAUCAGCACUUCCGGUGGUUUGACAAACGAGGGAAAGUUAAAAAAGUGAUACUAAUGUCCACGAAACGACAACAAUUACCUUCUGAAUUAUCAGACACUUGGAUAAAAGAGAACAACGAACUCGUAAACAAAUGGCAGUUACAAAACAGAGACCAGCACCACACCAGAUUGUUGCUGUCAGACUUUUGCAAACUCAUAAGAAAAAUACAAGGUCUUUUUCCUCUUGAAGAUCACUGUCAGUUGGAGUUGAGUAUAGUGUACAAUGUUUGCCUGCUGUCCAUUGUGCUCUCUGAGGUGUCAGAGGCUCAGACGCUCCUCACACAAACUAUGGACAGAGUUCUCAAGCUGACAGGAUCAGACCCGGUGGAUUUUCAUUCACCUGUGUUUUGGCGUACAGUUCUCCAGUUAGUGGAAAGCAGUGAAACGGUGAAAUCUUGUAUACAGAAGCUUCUCUGUGUACAGUGGGCAGUCUGGUUGGCCAACAGUUCUCUUCAAACAAUAGAAGGGCAUCAAGAGGAGUUUUCUUCUCUGUCUACUGGAGUUGGUCAAGACAUGCCAAGCAAUUUGAGGCAAACAAAUUCAAAUAUUCCACUGUUGGUGAUGGAACCAAGACGUUUACUUGAAUUAUUGCAAAUUUGCACUUUGAUCACAAAAGGUGCAGAAAAGCUGAAUGAGGGUCAAAGCGCAAUGGCAAUAACUGAUCUGCAGGCUGCUUCCUUGCUGCCCGCUCCUAGAAUUCUUGUGGCAUACACACACCUCCUGUCUGGGUCCUGUCUAGCCCGCUCAGGUCGCCCUCAGAUGGCACUACAGUGCUACAGGACAGCGCUGGAGACAGACUCCCUAUGUGUUUGUGCUCUAUACCAGAGUGUGCUCCUCUUCAGACGCCUGGGCAACGCAGAAGCAGAGAUUCAAGCCCUUCGUUUGCUGCACUCGACACUUAUGUUGCCCGACACGCCAGUUAUGAGUUGUGAUCAUGUCGUCUCCCCGUCCAUACUACUACGGAGCCAAACGCUGAGCAGCCUGCUCUCUGUCCCCUCUGCCUUUUGUGUUCUUCACAGUUUGGCCCAGAAGUGUGUCCUGCAGUCAAAAGUGUCAGAAGGUGUAGAACAUUAUCUGGACCUGUUGGCAGCUCUUCACUCAGAACAGCACGGAGUCUGUCCUGAGGAAUCUCAUCUUCCCAGGCUACCUGAACUUUACCUGGAGGCCGGCGCCACCAUGCUCAUGGCCCAGCGGCCCUUGGAUUGCCUGACGUUGUGUGACGAAGUCAUUACCACAACGCUGGAUCUUCUUCCCGAGAAGGUUGUGCUGGAGGACGGGGAAGCUGCAGAUGUGUGCACUGGCGGAGAUGACAAGGUGGCUAUGCUACUUUGGACGGGCGCGGCUUACCUCCUUCAGGGUCAUAGUCACUGUCACCAGCAGGACUGGAAACAAGCUGUAAUUCACUACACAAGAUGUAUCAACCUGCUGGUGAAGGUACACUUCAGAGAGAAAGGUGGCCAACCUCAAGUUCCCAGUGCAGACAUGGUGAAUGAACAAAGAACAGAUCUUGAAGUCCUCCAGAGGUUGAAAGGAAUCUCGCUAGCUUGGAGGGGCAUUAGCUUCAUGCAGUCAGAUGAACCCAGAAACGCACUGAGAGACCUCCAGCUCGGCCUACAGGCUUUCCCAGAGUGUGUGGGUGCAGGGCUCUGGUGUGGGGAGGUGCUGUGGAAGCUGGGCAGGAGAAAAGAGGCCACUUCCUGUUGGGAGAAGACAUGGAGCAUCACCAGACACACACCAGCAGAUAGCAUUCCUGUAUAUUUAAGGGAACCCCAAACUGGACCCACGUUGGAUUCAGCAGCACUUCGCCUAAGAAUAUCUGAACUUGAUCUCACUUAAUGCACCUGAAGCGGAACAGGAAAAAAAACCCACCUGCAGGUGCUGGCAUCCUGCAGGUUCACUUGUCAACAGACAAGAGAAUAUUGUACCUUCUUGGAAAUUGUAUGUAAAGUUAUAAUGUAAACAUUUGUAUUUUACAAGUAAUAUUGGUGAACAUGGACCUUUUGUAAUUGUAUAACUAUAGAGAAAACAUCUGUCAUGUAUAUGAUCUUUGACUGAUUUUUGAAGUCGAUUGUAAAAACAUCACAGCUUCCUGUCACAUAGAGGAUCUCUGGCUAGCGGUUUUGCAACAGAAUCCCUAAAAUCAGCAGUGUUGUUGACAUAUGGAGCAUAUCUGAUUUGCAUAAACGCCUGCAUUUCAAUGUCUUCAUUUAUGACUUUUUAACUCUCUUCCUAACUGCCAUUUGGUGAGGUCAAAUAGUUAAGAUACUGCAGAGUCUAACAUUGACAUGGCAGUGCAUACACAAAAUAAGGGUAAUAAAGAAGUUGUGCCUUCUGAAAA